CUGGUAUUGGCGGACUAUAAAAUUAAAUUAAUGUACAUUUUGUAGACGAUUUACUGUGCUUCGUGCUAUAACAGCAGCGGAGACUAGAUCUAGAUUUUCCUGAGCUUAGCAUGUUCUUUAAUGUUAUGCUGAUAAAAUAUAACUUACGAUUAUCUCUGUCUGUUCACUGAACUUUCAGUCUAGCCGGCUGGUAUAUAACCAAUAUUUCAAAUAAUAUUUUUGCUUAUGAACGAGUUUUGCUAUAAUUUUUUGUAACUGCAACGCCAACUUAAUAAAUUCAAAUCUUAAUGAGAUAUCAUGGUGUAACCUCGCGAUUGUCAUUUUAUUUUUACUUCACAAAUACAUUUAGCCUUUUCACGCUAUUCCAAUCUGAGAAGAUUUGGAACAAUACCUACUUCGUUAACUAAUGUCGUCAGCUAUCACGGUCGGGAGACGUGAUCUUAAUCAGUGGACCAAUGAUGGCUGCUAUUUUAAUAUUUCUCGUAGACCUAAAGCUUCCUACACAAGGAUGUUAGAACAACGCUAUAAGGAAGCAGGAUACGUUAAACACAACGUUUUGCUAAUAAUUAGCAGUUCUUUGAAGUAUGCAGAGUACAUUUUAGUUUCGAAGAAAGCUUUUAACUCGUUUCGGCAAGCAGUGUGUCGGUAUUGGCCUAAAAUCUUGUUUUUGUAUAAAUAACUUAGGGUUUAAGCCGGUCAAGGAUGAAUGAACCGCUAUAAAAAGAAAGACAUGCCCCACACUAGGUUGCAUGCUUUACGGAUGCAUUUACAAAAAAUCUCACACGCUGUGAAGUUUUGGAAAAAAAUACGUUUUUGUAGCUUUUUUCAAUUCGGUAUCCUAACAAUACAUUAUUUCGUCAUCUUAAUUAGUAGAAUGUUGUUUAUUUUAACCCAAUUUCUAGACUUUUCUUUUGUGUCGACGGGUUUUUAACUCGCCAAAGUAAUUCUGAUAACAAUACCCUGUCUGGGGAAAAUUAAACUUGUCCCCUUACCCGUGCCAGGACUGAACUAAAACAAACCGAAGAAAGUUGAAACAAAGCCAAACAGGUCGACAUUUGUUUAUGUAGGAGACACCUGCAUUUUCUGGCACAACCAUUUCUAACCCCAAACUUUCCUUUAAGAAUGUUGAGGACGCUGCCGAAUUAACAAGGCCCCAAAAACAUUAACUCUAUGAGCGUUUAUUGAUGAGAUCAGUGAAACUGCGGAAUGUUAUUUCGUGGUCGUAAAAUCACGCCUUACAUGUGUAGUACUCUUGCGCUAAUUAAAAAGUUAUCACCGUUUUGCUAAUUUAUAGAUCAGUGUUAGGUUGGAUUUCUAAUCUACUUGACUACUACUACACGGUACGUGAGUAUUCUACUCUAAUUAUGUAUGUAUCAUUACACUGCGCCACGAUAGUGCCAAUGGGAGAAUAAAAUUACCAUUAAACUGCACGCGAACGCUGCGACGGGCCCCGGCAGAUGUAUUCAAAAUAUUGGCCCCUGCAUACGUUGAUAAAUGUGUGAAAUAUGUAUUUUAUGUCGUCCUAAUCAGUACCAGGCUGUGCCACUACUAUUUUGACAAAAAAAUGCCAUCCAUGGGACUCCCGCCUUUCCUCAACGAGUUUCCAAGCGAGGAGGUUCUGUGUCGUUGCCAUGGCGACCUGUGACAAACACUGCCAAACGUUUUUACUGAGUAGCGAUCGUAGCGAUCAGGGGGCCGCUAACGAGUAUGCACGAGUGAUGUAUGACGAGACGGUUAACGUGGUGAACGCACGAGAGAUAGAGAGUCCUUCCAGUGAGGAGGAAGUGGUCAAAGCGACGAUGUCCAAGUUCAAUCCCCCGGUGAGGCACACGGCGAGGCAUGACUUCGAUUCCGAUAGUGAAACGGAUUCCGACGCCGACAAGUUUUUGGAAAAUGGCUCUGGUGAAGAUCAGUCUCCCGACAGGAAGUCCCAGGUCUCGGAGAAGCCGGUGCCCGCCGAAGUGCCGAAGCCGAACCGCACGGAGCUGAUGAAGGAGACCAGCAGCGGCAGAGCCAGGCCUGUCUCCAAGCGAGAUGAUUCUUCUAAUUCAGAUAGUGACUCUGGUGACUUGGAGCCGGAGCGCAUGGAUCCCUUGCUGGGCAGCGGCCGCAAGCGAGGAGGCGGUGUCGUCAUCCCCGCGGAAGGAGCUUACGACCCCAAGCACUUCCAGGAUCUGAAGGUGUCUCCCGAUAUGGAUAACAUCUUUCAGUAUAUUAUGAAGUACACUCCUCAGAAGAUAGACAUCGAGCUGAAGCUGCAGCCGUUUGUCCCGGAGUACGUGCCGGCGGUGGGCGACAUCGACGCCUUCAUCAAGGUCACGACGCCCGCCUGCAACGUCCGCGCCGCGCCGCUACCCGAUCAUGUCUUAGAGCAUAUUGAUAAUUUAGGUCUGACCGUGCUGGACGAGCCGGCGGCGGAGCAGAGCGACUCGGCGCUGCUGCAUCUGCAGCUGAGGGCCAUCUCCAAGACCAGCAGCGCUAAGGCCACUGUUUUGACAAAGAAGAUUGAGAAUGCUGAGAAGAACUCGAAGGCGAUCGAGCGGUGGAUAAAAGAUGUGAGCGAACUGCAUCUGUCGAAGCCAGCGCCCACCGUCGCUUAUACCAGUAAAAUGCCAGACAUAGACAGUCUUAUGGAGGAAUGGCCAGAAUCGAUGGAGGAAACAUUAAACGAGGUCGGAUUCCCUCCAGCCACACUGGACUGUUCCUUAUCACAAUACGUGGACCUGGUCUGCGGACUGUUCGACAUUCCCAUAGCUGGAGACACCCUCAACGACAGGAUACAAGCGUUGCACCUACUGUUCAGUCUGUACUCAGCUGUGAAGAACUCACAGUUGUAUGCUGAGAGGCAGAAGGAGAGAAGUGAUAGUAAUGCGUGAACUUUGUUAAGAUUUAAUGUUAAUUAUAAAUGGAGUUUAUUUUUUA